AUGGCUGGUUUUGAAGAUUUGAUUCUAAUAGCUGCAUCGGUUUUGACCAUUGGGUUAAUAAUGAAGAAAAAACGUUAUGUACGGAGUAAAAGAAGUUUCUGGGUUAAUCCGUACUUGCGACAGAGGAAUAGCAAGGGAAGAUUUGUAGAAGAUUUUUACGAUAUGCGUGAGUGGAAUGACGAAUUCUGCCAAAAUUUCCACAUGGAGCAGAAGGAAUUUGAUAUAUUGUAUGAAAUAGUACGACCUCAUUUGGAGCCGAAAAGGAAUACUCGUCCAGAUGGUAUCAGCGCGAAACAACGAUUGGUGUACACUUUAGAAUAUCUUGCUGGUGGACCCUUUUUUGAAAGAUAUGCGGCUAGUAACUAUCGUAUCAGCAAGGCGUCAAGUUCAAUCAUUAUCAAGGAGACAUGCCAAAUAAUUUACGAACAGCUGGCAAAAACGGAAUUCAUGGAAUAUUCGAAACAAAACUGGUUAGCGGUGGCGAAUGAAUUUGAAAAGAAGUGGAACAUGCCUAAUUGUCUAGGGUCGUUGGAUGGUAAACAUGUGCGCAUCAAGUGCCCGGCGAAUGCGGGUUCCUUAUAUUACAACUACAAGCGUUACCAUAGUAUCAUAUUAAUGGCAGCAAGUGAUGCUAGUUACCGUUUUACUUUCAUCGAUGUUGGGUCUCCGGGAGCAGAUGGUGAUGUUAACGUUUUCUCAAGGACCGAAUUCGGAAGAAAUAUUUUAGAAAACAACUCAUCUUUGGAUUUCCCACAUGACGCUCCAAUCAAUGGUGACGAUACGCCGUUCUUCUUCAUAGCAGAUGGCUUUCCUCUGUCAAGCAGAAUUAUGAAGCCUUAUGGAACCUGCAACGAUUUUACAAAUGAUCAGCGUAUUUUUAAUUACCGACUGUCACGGGCACGUCGCACCGUUGAAAAUGCCUUUGGAAUCCUAACGAUGCGCUGGGGAUGCCUCAGAUCCGAGUUUCUGUGUGGACCAGAUAAGGUCAAAAUUAUAGUUGCCGCAUGUUGUGCUCUCCACAAUUUUUUAUUAAAUCGUAAUGUAUCGUAUGCCAAGGCAGCAGACCGAUAUGAAAAAGACGGACGAGUUAUCGAAGGGGAAUGGCGUACGAUGCAGCAAAUGGAUCAAAUUAAUGGGCAACGACGAGGACGUCCACAAGAAUCUGGCAGCUUCAUUCGGGGCAAAUUAACCGAAUACUUUAACAAAUUCGACAUUCUUCCUUAUCAAUUUGAACGUGCUAAUUGCGUUUAAAAUCAAAAUUCAAAGUAACAGUUAUUCCACGUGAAGCACUGAUUCACCCAGCGAUUUUUUUCAACUACAUAUUAGAGGCGCGAGAUUUGGUUUUACUUAAGUUUGAAGUUAACUCACUACCACGAUAUGGUUCGUGUUAGUUUCUGUUAGUCGGUAGUUAAGAUAUUAAUCCAUUCAUCAAUGCUUUCAAUAUUUGGUUCUUAAAAAAAAUAAAUUAGCCUUUUUACGAAAGAGUAACAUGAGUAUUGCCAAUAGUCGUAUGCUCACAUAAAUUACUAACACGAGAUUAGCCAAAAUUAACUCAUCUCCAUUACUGUGCUAGUAAAAAAACCCUAAAAAAUUGGCCUUGAAUAAUUGAACUGUUUAUUAUAAUUUAUUGGAUAAUAUAUUGUUUAUUAUAAUAUA